UUGAUAUAUACAUGCAAAGAAGUACCGCAGACAAAGAAAGCCGCACAAAAGCUAGAUAGGAUAAAGUGGCCAUUGAGAGUUCCGAGAGCUCAAGUUCUUCAGAACAAAAACAAUGGUUACAUCUCCAGUACCCGUGAUCCUUCAAGUCUCCAAGUGCUUCGUCAAACCCUCAUCAUGCUCAAACCCGGCUGUCAAUCUCUGCCACCUCACGCCUUGGGAUGUCGCCAUGCUCUCUACCCACUACAUUCAAAAGGGCCUCCUGUUCCCAAACCGGCCCUCUACACUCUCCAUCGAGAGUAUCAUCGAUCGCCUUAAGUCCUCUCUGUCCGUCGCCCUCUGCUACUUCUAUCCCCUUGCUGGGCGUCUCAAAACCGAAAGAGUUUUGGACGAUAAUAAUAAAGUCCGCAGCCUGCGAGUCUUAAUUGAUUGCAAAAGCCAAGGUGCGGAGUUUAUCCAUGCUGUAGCCCGUGAUGUUACGGUGGUAGACGUUCUUGCACCAUUGGAAGAUGUUCCGUCGUUCGUUCGCUCUUUGUUUCCUUUUAAUGGAGCCAUCAGCCAUGAUGGCCACUCCCUUCCUCUUCUUGCCAUUCAGCUGACUGAACUAUCCGAUGGGCUUUUUGUUGCUUGUUGUUUCAAUCAUGUCGUGGGGGAUGGUAUUUCUUAUUGGCACUUUCUCAACGCGUGGGCCGAGAUUGCUCGAGCAAAAGAAUGCGGUUUCACCAUCUCUAGGCCUCCUGUUCACGACCGCUGGUUCGUUGAGGGCGAAAGCCCUCCUAUAAACCUACCAUACUCCGACCCAGAGGAAUACAUCGAGAGGCACAGCCCACCUCCUCUAAGAGAGAAGUUUUUUCAUUUCCCUUCACUGUCCAUUGCUCAGUUAAAAGCGAAAGCCAACAUGGAGUGCGACACAGACACAAUCUCCUCUUUCCAAGCGUUAUGCUCGCUUGUGUGGCGAUCCAUCACCCGUGCACGUGGUCUACUUGCCAACCAGAAGACUAGUUGUCGACUGGCAAUUCAAGGCCGUGCACGACUGCGACCGCCUUUAUCCCCCAAUUACUUUGGGAACUCGAUAUAUGCGGUGGCUGCAACUACAACAGCAGGAGAACUGAUGGCCCAUGGACUCGGGUGGGCAGCUUUGUUGGUGCAUCAAAGUGUGAAAUCACACACUGAUAAUACAAUUAGGGAAUUAGUUAAGAAGUACCACGAGGAACCUUUUGUGUAUCCCUUGAGUGGAUUUGAUAAGUACAGUGUGAUGAUGGGGAGUUCACCGAGGUUCGACAUGUACGAGUGUGAUUUUGGAUGGGGGAGGGCGGCAGCGGUUAGAAGCGGGACGUCAAAUAAGUUUGACGGUAAGGUGUCAUCGUAUCCUGGGUGGGAGGGUGGAGGGAGUGUGGAUCUUGAAAUCUGUUUGUUGCCAGAACAUAUGGCUUUGCUUGAGGCGGAUGAGGAGUUCAUGGCUGCUGUUUCUCCUUAAAUAAUCCAGAGCGUAAGAAAGAGUUUUAGUUAUGUAACUUUGUCAUGGAGUUAAUUUGUACAUGAUAUAUGAUUCAUGUUAAUUGAGAUGUUGGAGUUAAAUGUGUAAACAUCACAAGGAAGA